AGUACGUCAAAACAGCUGGGAGUGGAGCAAAAUUGAGUCGGUGGACGAUCGUUUUUUGGGUGGUUUGAUGUCGGAUGCCAGUUGAGUGGAACCCGAGACGGUACCAGCGCGUGUCGUGGAAGGGAUAAAUGCCCUCUCUUGAAGCGCUACCCCCGCAAAGAGGACUCCAUGUCUUUCUUGGACUGCUCCUGCAUCUCCCACUCUCAGGUCCGGCCAAUCACCUUAGAGGACCAGUAUGAGGACAUCAGCCAUCAAUUCCUGAGCUCUGAUGUCUCAGACUGCACUGUCACCGUGGCCUCAGGCUGCGAUGACCUCACAGGCCUCUCUGCUGAACCCUCCAACUAUCAGAUGCUGUCCGAACUCGGGAGGGGCUUCAAUAACAUGAGCCAGGUUAGUAUGGCGCGCCACACCCCCUCCGGCCAGCUGGUGGCAGUCAAGCACACCAACCUGGACGAGUGUACCGAGGAUGAACUGCUGCAGCUGAUGAACGAGGUGCUUCUCUCCAGGCUGUUCCGCCACCCCAACCUGCUGACCUCACGCCUGGUCUUCAGCUCCUGCUUUCAGCUCUGGGUCCUCACACCGCUCAUGAGCUACGGUUCUGCAGAUGCACUGCUGAGGACGUGCUUCCCUGAUGGGAUGAGUGAGUCCCUGAUAGCGUACCUCCUCUACGGAGUCCUGAAGGCUCUGGAGUACAUGCACCAGAUGGGUUAUGUCCACAGAGGCUUGAAGGCCAGUCAUAUCCUGCUGUCUGGUGAGGGGCGUGUCUACCUCUCGGGGCUGCACAGUGUUUACAGUAUGAUGCGUGAUGGGAAGAGGGCGCGGGCCGUGUUCGACAUGCCUCACCACAGCCCCGCCCUGCUGCCCUGGCUCAGCCCGGAGCUGCUCAGACAGGAUCUCCAUGGCUACGGGGUGAAAUCAGACAUCUACAGUCUGGGCAUCGUGGUCUGUGAGCUGGUGAGUGGCAGGGUGCCAUUCCAGGACAUGCCCCCAACUCAGAUGUUGCUCCAGAAGCUGAGGGGGUCUCACUGCUGUCUUCUGGACGUGGCUCCCUUCCCCCUGGGGGAGCUGGGGGGGCUGAAGGUGUCCCGCUCCGGGGUGGACUCUGGUAUCGGGGAGAGCGUCGCUGCGGGGAGCCUGACCCGCACGGCCGAGAGACCCCAGAGCCCUGCGCCCAAGAACCACUCAGCCACACUGCACAACCUGGUCCAGCUGUGUCUGCAGCAGCAGCCUGAACGCAGACCCUCUGCCUCCGCACUGUUGUCCCAUGCCUUCUUCAAGCAGGUGAAGAGGCAUACCCGUGACUCCUUCCUUAGUCUCAUGUACCCCGCCGUGCCCCUCUCCAGCCCGGAGGAGCCCCCAGUCUCCUGCCCCCCCACCCCAUCCUGCCACGUCCCAACCGUCCCCACAACCGACCCCACAGAAGGAGUGUGGGAUUUCUCCUAAAUGCCACCAGGACCCCCAUCCCCCUCGCAAACGUUUCUGACACCUGAUAACUGAGCCUAUCUCAAGACAAUCAAAAACAGCGAGCCCAAACCUUUCUACUGUGUUUAAAACUGACCUUAUACCCACCACUCUGAGCCUUUCUACUAGUUUUGUAGUUUUUUUGUAUUUGCUUUGAAGCACAGAUAUACUGUAUGGAUUGCCAGGGUGACGAGGAGCGCUGGAAACAAGAUCCAGCUCUGCCUGGAUUGUCCAAUGAGGAUCUCUGUGCCAGGGGGCAUGUCUGCCAAUCAAUAACAAUGAUGAAAACAAUAAUCACCUGGUGGGACACCCCCCCCCCCCCCCCUUAGUGGAAGAA